UUCUCGACGAUCACAAUACAAAUUGUAGAUCGUUAUUUGUAUAAGAUUCACGCCAUAAUUGUCUUCCAUUUUUCUCCCAUGGCGAUCCAUCGAUGUCGUGUACCUUUCCUUUUGUUCUCCCUUUUCGUUCGUUUUGUUUGUGCCGAGAUUCGAUUAACGGAAAUCCAACAAGAUGACCGUCCCAUAAUCCCUUUCGACGAGUUCGGGUUCACCCACACCGGCCACCUCGAACUCAACGUCACCGGCAUCCAGCUCUCGAACCUGAACCCGGAUCUCGACAUGACCAAAGUCGGGUUCUUCCUCUGCACCCGCGACGCGUGGAUGCAAGUGCUUUUACAACUCGAAGAUGGGUAUAUCAAUUGCGCUCUGGAUUCCGAUUUCGUUAAACUCGUCUUCGAAUUCAAGUCUCUCAAAGGGAAAUCCAGUUUCAACACCGUUUACCAAGAGAACAACGCCGAUCAAUACACGCUCGUAUUCGCCAACUGCCUUAACCAUGUCAAAGUGUCGAUGAACGUCCGAUCGGAGAUGUACAAUCUCGACGGCAAGGAAAACCGGCGCGAUUAUCUCUCCUCUGGAAAAACAAUCCUCCCCAGGGUUUACUUCCUCUUCGCCCUCAUUUAUUUCAUCCUGGCGGGGAUUUGGGGUUACGUGCUUUACAUAAAACGACUCACCGUUUUCAGGAUCCAUUUCUUCAUGCUGGCCGUCGUCAUUUUAAAAGCAGUAAACUUGUUAUGUGAAGCUGAGGAUAAGUCCUACAUUAAACGAACAGGAAGUGCUCAUGGUUGGGACGUUUUGUUUUACAUAUUCAGUUUCUUGAAAGGGGUGAUGCUCUUCACGUUGAUCGUGUUGAUCGGUACUGGGUGGUCGUUUUUGAAACCAUACUUGCAGGACAAAGAAAAGAAGGUCUUGAUGAUCGUGAUUCCACUCCAGGUCGUUGCUAAUGUUGCCCAGAUCGUCAUCGAUGAAACUGGACCCUUCGGCCACGAUUGGAUGGUGUGGAAACAGGUGUUUUUGCUCGUCGAUGUUGUUUGUUGUUGCGCGGUGUUGUUCCCCAUUGUUUGGUCAAUUAAGAACUUACGGCAGGCAGCAAAGACUGACGGGAAAGCUGCUGUGAAUUUGAUGAAGCUGACUCUGUUCAGGCAGUAUUACAUCGUUGUUAUCUGUUAUAUUUACUUUACUCGAGUUGUGGUUUAUGCAUUGGUGACCAUUACUUCGUACAAGUACCUGUGGACCAGUGUGGUGGCCGGAGAAUUGGCUACGCUUGUGUUUUAUGUUUUUACUGGGUACAAGUUCAAACCAGAGCCACAUAACCCAUAUUUCGUGAUUGAUGACGAGGAAGAAGAGGCUGCAGCAGAGCAGUUGAAGCUUGAAGAUGAAUUUGAACUGUGAUACCAUUCAUUGACAAUAUAUACAUAUAUAUAAAUAUGGAGAAUGAUUGAAGAAAAUGGUGCAGGGGAU